AAUCCGAACCGCAUUUAAUGAAAGCCAAAUACCGUGCCGCCUCUGAGUUCUCCCAAAUCGGUAAAUCUGCGUCUUCCCAUUCUCUCUCAGUUUGCAGUGUUCUCUCAAUUUCUUUGUGCUUGUGCAUCGUUGGGUCUCCUUUUCUUUGCCUUCGAUCUCUGUGCUGUGUACUCUCCUCUCGACAUCAAUCAAGAGCACAUACCUCAGCCCCUCAUAGUCGCACACAGGUUCUUGCACCUUGACAAUUUUGUUGUAUCCUUAUGUUUGGCUUCCUCAAUUACAACAACUUAUUCCUUCAGAAAUUUUGUAUAUAUGUAAUGCAACAAUUGAACACAUUUGUUUCUACAAUCUGAAGAGUGGUACUACAAAUUAUGCACUGUUGAGUUCUGAGAUGAAAUUUGUGAGAAUUUAAUGUUCGAUCUGAAGAGUGGUAUUUCACAUACACCGUUGACAUUUUUAGUAAUUUGAGAACAAGCAACAUAAAAAAUGCUUCUGGACAAGAAUGCCAUUGAGGAAACCCAUUAUGAGGUUCUCAAUGUCAAGGAAGAUGCAAAUUAUGAAGAAAUCCGUGCUAGUUACCGUGGUGCUAUACUCAGUUUACAUCCUGAUAAGCUAUUGAAGACAAGUGAAACAUCCAGCAGUCCAACAGCUGGAGAGAGAUUUCUUAAAGUACAAAAGGCAUGGGAAAUUCUGGGUAAUUCGAGCUCCCGUUUAUUUUAUGAUAAUGAGCUGCAAAGUUCAAGGCGGGAUGUCUCGGCUGCUGAAGUUGCAGAAGAUUUGAGCUUACAGGAUAUGAUAAUUGAAAAUGUUGGAGAAGCAUUGGAACUGUUUUAUCAGUGCCGAUGCGGUGAUUACUUCUCUGUAGACUCACUGGAAUUGCUGAAAAUGGGAUAUUCCGUAUUGAGUGAGGAAAGUAGGAUAUCUAUAGUCAAUGUUGAUACUUCACCAGGGUCAGUGAUUCUUCCAUGUGGAUCUUGUUCGUUGAAAGCUCGGCUUGUAAUCAAUAUGGAUGACAAUUGAAAUUAUUACCAUUUUUUGGUAUGAAUAAUUACGAUUUAGAUUAUUAACAUUUUUUUUAAUGAAGAUAGCAUUUAUAGCUGCCUGUCAU